ACCCGUACCAGGACUACUAAUUUAUUUGCAUACCAAAAUCAUCCCUUUCAUGUACUUUCGAACCUUCGAUUCCCAAUCUUCGAGAGACAUUUUUACCGACAGAUAAAUUAUGGAGAACUGGGAAGGCAUUGAAGAUAAGCAAAACUCGCAAAGUUGUUUUGAAGAGUACUGUAAGGAUUUAUUAACAGAAACAUACGAAGACACUGUGUGGAAUGCCAAUCAACAGAUAGGUCAUGGCCAGAACCCAGAUUCAUCCGAAUUUUUCAAUUCGAGUUGGAUCAAUGAAGGCAGUCAGGAAGCUACCAGAACAGUAGAACCCUUGACGGCGCAAGGUUUUCUCCAGAUUGCAUCAGGAAUACAGCCGCUGGAGAAUCAGACAGCACCUGGAAUCCAGACGUUGACUCAGCAACCGUUGGAUCAACCUGCUGAUAGGUACACUCAUUCGAGCAACAAUAUCCAUGAAUCGGGUGAGGCAGAGCUGAAACUGCGUGAGAGGAAAAGAGGGUACGAUAGAGCAUAUAGGGAAAGAGUCAAGCAAAAGAGACAGAAACUUGAGGUUGAAAAUCAGCAACAAGGUGAACAAAUAGGACGAUUAACUGCUGAAAUUCAGUUAAUGAAUUCUAAUCUGGUUGAAUUGAAGGGUGAAAACAAAUUUCUUAAAGAAGAAAAUAUUCUGUUGAAUCAAAGAUUGCAAACUCAGUCAAGUGAACUGGAUCAGCUUCGAAAUAAAUUGAAGUACUUGGAGCAACUAAUUACGAUGCUAAAGAAGCCACUGAAGAGGUUGGGAAAAGAAAUGGAGGACAUGAUGCCGCAAACUGCGGCAAUGGAAGCUGCUGUGGAAGAGGAGAAAAAUGCUCUGUUAACGAAAAUUCCUAACUACGAGCUAUUUGGUACUCAAGCCAUUCCUCGUGAGUUCGGAUUCGAAUCGACCAACUUGAUACAGAACAUUUUGGGAUAGCUGCCGUGGCAUAACAAACUUGCUGAGUUGGCAGGCUCAGUUACAGCCUUAACAAAAUUUGUUGAGAUGGAAUUCUUUGGUCUGUUAGUUGAUUGGUUAGUCUAUUAAUUGCACUUAUCCGUUUGAAAUUAAUUGCCUAUCAUAAGGGCCAACAAUGUAUAAUAAUACAAACUCCUUGCUUUU